CAAUCCAUUCCAAUCCCAAUUCUUGCAAUGCAUUUAUUAUUUAAGUUUGGGGUUUAGUGUGUUUUUCUAUUUACCACUUUCAGACAAAUCCUCCGACAUCAUUCCUCGAUCUCAUAAACAAAUGGAAGAGGGAGCAGUGCAGUCCCCCAAGAGCAACAUGCGGCGGAAAUGGCCACACUUAGGGGCAGUCGAGACCAUCUAUGAGGAGGAAUCAGAACAUGAUCAAGAACAAGACGACGAUGAUGACGACGAUGAUGAAGAUUGCACGGAUUCCACCCCUUCCGAUUCGAUCAUCACCUCCCCUCCCACCUCCCUCCAUUCUGCUGUCAAAGCAUGGACUAUGGCAAAGGAGCGUGAAACUGAUGUUGCAAUACAUGUUCAAGGUUCUUGUUUUUGCUUGCACAAGGAACCCCUUACGUCCAAGAGUAGUUACCUGAAACGCCUCUUGAAAGAAUCAUGCCGAAUAACAGUCUCCCCUCCGUUAAAUAUAACAGCAAAAACAUUUGAACUCAUUGCAGAUUACUGUUACACCGGAGCCAUUGUCAUUACUCCUGUCAACGUUGCCUCUCUCAGAAUUGCAGCCGAAUUGCUGGAAAUGUCAAAUGUAGAUGAUGGAGCCACCAAAGGCGAGAAUUUGCGCCAGAAGACUGAAACAUAUUUCCGGAGAGCCAUUGCUGUUAACAAAGAAUAUGCAUCCAUUGUUUUACGGUCCUGUCUUUCACAGAUGCCUGAGGCAGAGACAUCAGCUAAUCUUGUGAGCAAAUGUAUUGAAGCAUUGGCUUUAGUAGAUGACAGAGAUAACGUUGUAGAUUAUCUCCAAGAUAUUAAAACAGUGCACUGUGAAGAUUUUCGAUUAAUUGCAGAAUCCUUGUACAAGAAGUUAACUAGGACGGAGGGGCAGGACUUGUUAUACCGAAUCGUUGAUCUUUAUUUUAAGGAGUACACUGGGAACAUAACAGAUGAACAGAAAAUGGGAAUAUGCAAUUACAUAGACUGCAACAUUCUCUCCCCUCAGCUCCUCGUGCAUGCAGUUCAAAAUCCUAGACUGCCAUUAAGGUUUGUUGUUCAGGCAAUGUUCAUCGAGCAGCUAAACACUCGUCGCACAGUCAUAUCUGCUGCAAACAACCAUGAAAUCAAGAGAACUUAUUAUGAGAGUCCAGAGUCAGAUACCCUGGGUGCAUUACUCCAGCGUGACGCUGCACUACGCCAAGUGGCUCAACUGAAAUCAGCAAUGGAUGCCACAAGCUCGCGCAUUCAAAGCCUGGAGAAAGAACUAAGUGUAAUGAGGCAAGUUGUUCAAGAUAGCUCUGUGGUAGCAAGUAGUCAGAUUGAUUCUGGUAGAUCUGCGAGCUUUAGGCUGGAUUUGGAGAGGAAGGUGGGGAGAGGACAAGCAGGAUCGGCUUCUGCAUUGAGUUACCGUAGUUUUAGAAGGAAAGAGAGGAAAAUCUCAGAUGAGGAACAAAGUUGGGGUGAUAGUAGCAGCAUCACAAAGGCUGAGCAGAAGAAUCUUGGAAGAAGGUUGAUGAACGGAUUGAAGAGUGCGUUCGGUGUAGGGACCUCUAACAAGAAGAAUACUUCCCAGACAAGCGGUGGGAGCAAAGUGGAUGGAGGCAUUGGAAGAGAAGGUGAAUAUAAAAAUUUGGAGAUUUUAAUGUGAUAAAAAUAUCUACCUGUUCACCAGCAGUUUGUCUGGUACCUAGUUGCUGCGCUUCCUCUUUUUUCUAUUUCUAUUGAUUUAUUACUUUAUCGUUUUGCACACACUUGUUGUGUGUAGAUAAUUGCUUGAGAGUCGUCAGUCGAGACAGAUUCAGUCUAGGUAGUAGAGUUUGAAGCUUCAUGCACCCAGACAUUUUAUGUUUUGAUCAUCUUUUACCCCCUAAUACAGUGGAGGCAGAAGUUGUGUUUAA